CUAUAUCUCUUUUUUUCCCUGAAACUAGAAAAAGGGCAUAACCGAAGAAACCCACCAACCAUAUAUCUAUCAUCGCACUGUGAAAUUGACCAGAAAACUAUAAACAAAAGGAGAAGUAGUAGUAAAAACAAGAAUUGAAGAGGGCGUUAAAGAUGCCGCAGGCAGUGGUUUGGAGUAGAGAAGAAGAGAAAGCCUUCGAGAAUGCUAUUGCCAUGCACUGGGUGGAGGAUUCCAAGGAACAAUGGAACAAGAUUGCGUCUAUGGUUCCCAGCAAGAGUGUUGAUGAGUUAAAACAACAUUAUCAAUUGUUAGUUGAGGAUGUUUGUGCUAUUGAGGCCGGCCAUGUUCCUGUCCCUACCUACAUUGGGGAGGAACCCCCCACUUCUACCCAUGCCAAUUCCGCCAUUACAUCCUCUGAUAGGCGAUCCAACGCCUCCGCCGCCUACGGGACUGGCUUUUCCGGCGCCGCCACCCACGACUCCGCCGCUCCCGCUGCUGGUAAAGGAGGCUCCCGCUCUGACCAAGAACGCCGUAAAGGGAUUCCAUGGACGGAAGAAGAACAUAGGCUAUUUUUGCUUGGUUUGGAUAAGUUUGGGAAGGGGGAUUGGAGGAGCAUUUCAAGGAAUUUUGUGAUUUCCAGAACGCCAACACAAGUGGCUAGCCAUGCUCAAAAGUACUUUAUCCGAUUAAACUCCAUGAAUAGAGAUAGGAGGAGGUCCAGCAUCCAUGACAUUACUAGUGUAAAUGGUGGAGACGUAGCAGCUGCCCAUCAACCACCCAUCACCGGGCAACAAGUGAACCCUACCCCUUCGAACGUUGCAGCCGCCCUUGGACCCGCAGCCAAGCACCGAAACCAGGCCAACCCACACGGGGGGUUAGGCAUGUAUGGCGCACCCCUUGGCCACCCUGUGCCCGCUCCACCCGGCCACAUUGCUUCUGCAGUAGGAACUCCGGUCAUGCUCCCGCCCGGUGUCGGACACCAUCCACCUUAUAUGCUUCCACUAGCAUAUCCAAUUGCGCCACCACAGCCACCCAAUAUGCACCAAUAAUCAAAUUCAUGGUGCUUUAAGGUGGUAGAUAGGCACAUUAAGAAAAAAAUAAGAGAAAACAUAUGAGUUUAUAAGGUCAUAAACUAGACUAGCUAAUCAGAUUCAGUCUGUGAUUUGACCCAUAAUCCAGUUGAAUGACUUUGGCUCAAUCUUUUAACACUUUUUUCCCCUCCUGUAACUAGGUAGAUGCUUUUGUAAAUACCAAGGUUACUGUUUUACUUC